AUGUCCAUCGAAGCCGCCGCAAAGGAUGGAGCCCUCUUUCCUGAGUUCGUCGAAGGCAAGGAGCUGCGUCUCUCCCUACCGAACGCCGGCUCGUCCUCUUCUACGGCUUGCACGAUAGUGAAAGCAUUCCGCCCGUUCACCAUGUCUCCCGUCCUUCUUGUGUCGCUGAUCCAACCCUCUACACCAACCCACGGUGACGAUGUAUUGCCAACCACCGCGAUCAUCAAACUAUACGACCGACGCUGUCUUUCUAAUGCACGCGACGAAUUCGACGAGGGCAAGCCAUGGUCCCUCGACAAGGAACAGGAGUACAGGCAGUACCUCGACGACGUCGCCACAGGCUCUGUCGCACGGGGCGACUUCGACAGCCCGACCUUCAUGUGGGACAACGACGUCUCGGAUGGCGAAUUCGAAGCCUACCUCCAGCGCGUGGCGCAGCGGAUGUUCGACGCGGAGCGCACGGCGUACGAACGGUUGCGCGACCUCCAAGGGAAGAAGAUCCCGAGGCUGUACAGCGUCGUCGAAUACGAGAUCGCCAUCCCCAACGCCCGCGGCGAUGGAGCUGCCGUCACAGACACGAUCCCGGGCCUCUUGCUCGAAUACGUCUCAUCGCUCUCACUUAGGCAGCUCGUCGCGACGUGGACGGCGCGCAACCCCCCCUUGGCCAACGAGGUCCUGGCGGUGUUGUGCGAGGAGGCGGUCAAGGUCGUCGAUCGGAUAUCCGACUUCGACGUCCUGAACGAAGACGUGCGCGUGGACAACUUCCUGAUCCGCGAGCCCUUCAUCGAUGCCACCUCGUCUACGCAAGGGGGAAACGCGGCUGUUGUGGAGAACGCGGUGGUGCUCAUCGACCUCGGCCUCUGUCGCCUGCGCAGGGAGGACGAGAGCGAGGAUGAGUGGAUCAAAGCCAAAUGGUCCCAGGACGAGGCGGGUGCGGUUGGCUUCGUGCUUCUCGGUCUCGUCCGGGAGUUCAUUGGAGAGAACGUCUGGAAGUACGAGAGAAGCCUGCGAUACUAUCGCCCCCUAGAGGAGUAA